AUGCAAGAACAAGAAAUAAGUUUUAUCUCUAAAUAUAAUGAAGGGCUGUGUGUAAACACAGACCCUGACUCACUUCUAAUGAGCAUUUUAGACAUGAGUUUACAUCGGCAAAUGGGUUCAGAUCGAGAUCUUCAGUCUUCUGCCUCAUCCGUGAGCUUGCCUUCAGUCAAAAAGGCACCCAAGAAAAGAAGAAUUUCAAUAGGCUCUUUGUUCCGGAGGAAAAAGGAUAACAAACGUAAAUCAAGGGAGCUAAAUGGCGGGGUGGAUGGAAUUGCGAGUAUUGAAAGUAUACAUUCUGAAAUGUGUACUGAUAAGAACUCCAUUUUCUCUACAAAUACCUCCUCUGACAAUGGAUUGACCUCCAUCAACAAACAAAGUGGAGACUUUAUAGAGUGUCCUUUGUGCCUUUUGAGGCAUUCUAAAGACAGAUUUCCUGAGAUAAUGACUUGUCAUCAUAGAUCUUGUGUGGAUUGCUUACGACAAUAUCUGAGGAUAGAAAUUUCUGAAAGUAGAGUUAACAUCAGUUGCCCAGAAUGUACUGAACGGUUUAAUCCCCAUGACAUUCGCUUGAUUUUAAGUGAUGAUGUGUUAAUGGAAAAAUAUGAAGAAUUUAUGCUUAGACGGUGGCUCGUUGGAGAUCCUGACUGUAGGUGGUGUCCAGCUCCAGACUGUGGAUAUGCUGUGAUAGCAUUUGGAUGUGCUAGCUGUCCAAAAUUAACCUGUGGGCGAGAAGGCUGUGGAACAGAGUUUUGCUACCACUGUAAACAGAUUUGGCACCCAAAUCAGACCUGUGAUGCUGCUCGGCAAGAGAGAGCCCAGAGUUUACGCCUGAGAACCAUACGUUCUUCAUCCAUUAGUUACAGCCAGGAGUCUGGAGCAGCAGCUGAUGAUAUAAAGCCAUGUCCACGAUGUGCUGCUUAUAUAAUAAAGAUGAAUGACGGGAGCUGUAAUCACAUGACAUGUGCUGUCUGUGGUUGUGAGUUUUGUUGGUUGUGUAUGAAAGAAAUCUCAGAUUUACAUUAUCUAAGUCCAUCAGGAUGUACUUUUUGGGGGAAGAAACCCUGGAGCCGAAAGAAGAAAAUACUGUGGCAGCUGGGAACACUCGUUGGUGCUCCUGUAGGAAUUGCUUUAAUAGCUGGCAUUGCUAUCCCUGCAAUGAUUAUUGGUAUUCCUGUAUACGUGGGCCGCAAGAUUCACAAUCGAUAUGAAGGCAAGGACAUUUCCAAGCACAAACGGAAUUUGGCUAUAGCAGGUGGUGUAACAUUGUCUGUAAUCGUAUCUCCAGUUGUAGCUGCAGUAACAGUAGGUAUUGGUGUUCCUAUUAUGUUAGCUUAUGUCUACGGCGUUGUUCCAAUUUCUCUCUGUCGAAGUGGAGGAUGUGGAGUCUCAGCAGGCAAUGGAAAAGGAGUCAGAAUUGAAUUUGAUGAUGAAAAUGAUAUCAAUGUUGGUGGAAAUAACACAGCUGUAGACACAACUUCAGUAGCAGAAGCAAGACACAACCCGAGUAUAGGGGAGGGAAGUGUUGGUGGUCUGACCGGCAGCUUGAGUGCAAGUGGAAGCCACAUGGAUCGGAUCGGAGCCAUUCGAGACAAUCUGAGUGAAACGGCCAGCACCAUGGCACUGGCUGGAGCCAGCAUAACGGGGAGUCUGUCAGGAAGUGCCAUGGUUAACUGCUUCAACAGGUUGGAAGUACAAGCAGAUGUACAAAAAGAACGGUGCAGUCUAAGUGGAGAAUCUGGCACGGUCAGCUUGGGAACUGUUAGUGAUAAUGCCAGCACCAAAGCAAUGGCGGGAUCCAUUCUGAAUUCCUACAUCCCAUUGGACAAAGAAGGUAACAGUAUGGAGGUGCAAGUAGAUAUUGAGUCAAAGCCAUCCAAAUUCAGGCACAACAGUGGAAGCAGCAGUGUGGAGGAUGGCAGUGCCACCCGAAGUCAUCCUAGUGGUUCAUCCAAUGGCUUGCCUGAAGGUAAAUCCAGUGCCACCAAGUGGUCCAAAGAAGCAACAACAGGAAAGAAAUCAAAAAGUGGUAAAUUGAGGAAAAAGAGCAACAUGAAGAUAAAUGAGACCAGAGAAGACAUGGAUGCACAGUUGUUGGAACAACAAAGCACGAACUCAAGUGAGUUUGAGGCUCCAUCCCUCAGUGACAGUAUGCCAUCUGUAGCAGACUCCCACUCUAGUCAUUUUUCUGAAUUUAGUUGUUCUGACCUAGAAAGCAUGAAAACUUCUUGUAGCCAUGGUUCCAAUGAUUAUCAUGCCCGUUUCGCUACUGUUAACAUUCUUCCUGAGGUAGAAAACGACCGUCUGGAAAAUUCUCCACAUCAGUGUAGUAUUUCUGUGCUUUCCCAAACUGCUUCAUGUUCUGAAGUUCCACAGUUGAAUCAUAUUGCUGGAGAACAUGGUAACAAUGGAAUAAAAUCCAAUGCUGAUUUAUAUUUUGGUGAUGCACUAAAAGAAACAAACAACAACCACUCACAUCAGACAAUGGAAUUAAAAGUUGCGAUUCAGACUGAAAUUUAG